CCAUACAUGGGCAAUUUCUGAACUGUGUGUGUGUGCUGCCGGCUGGAAUUUCGCCCUCUGACGUCACUGCCUGUUACUCUCCCAGAUUUGGGAAAAAGAAGUUUCAGUUUAAGUGGGGAUUUGAACUCUGUGAUUCCUAGAAAGCGAGAUUUGUGAUUAUCUGGUGAUUCAUUCCUGCCCCUGUCAGUUUGCUAAAAAGAUCAGAUUUUUUGAUACAGAACCAUGUGGGGCGACCAGAAUGAUGGUGACCAGCAAGGUCAUGUGAGUGCACGCAUGGAGACCAGUUUACCCAUGGGUACCACCAGCAUUUCUGUAUCCCAGCAACAGUCUCCUAAGAAGUUUGCUCCUGUUGUGGCUCCAAAGCCCAAGUUCAACCCUUAUAAACCAUUUGGGGAUGGACACGAGGGAGCUGAGGACUAUCCCCCACCUCCUCCACCUGCUAUGGAAACCCGCGGGGUCCCGUCCCUCUCCAGCUUCCCACCCCCUCCACCAAUGGAAGACUCUUUUGGCUUUCAGAUAAAAGGACCUGAGAAAACUUUAGAAGAAAGGCGUUCCAGUCUGGAUGCUGAGAUUGACUCUCUUACCAGCAUCCUCGCUGACCUAGAGAGCAGCUCCCCAUACAAACCACGAAUGCCGCAGAAUUCUGCAAGCCCAGCUGCAACAGGCACCAGUGCUCCUGUUACUGGCUAUAGGCGCAUGGUCAUUCCACAACAGCCUCCUUUAACUGCCACCAAGAAAUCUACCCCGAAACCACAGGCCUCUCCAACCCCCACUCCUGCGAGCUCCACUCUUCCACGUCCUCAGUACCAGCCCACUCCCCAACCUGUCCCAGCCUCCUACACCACUGCUUCUACCCCGAGCCAACCCACCUUCAACGUUCAGGUCAGGGCUGCUCAGCCCGGACCUCAGCAGCAGCCCGUCCGCAGCCCAGCCCAGGUUCAGUACAUGCCAGCUCAACCCAGAAGUCCUGACUUUGCAUAUGGUCCUCCGCAGCCAGGAUUCUGUCCAGCUCCGUCUGGAGGCUACCAAGAUCAGCACUAUGGUGGAGCUCCUGGUUAUGGAGGUCAGAACACUUGGAGAGCUGAGCCAAGUCACCAUGCCCAUGCUCCUCCGGUCAACCAGGGAUACCAGCCCAAUCCCCCCAAGAAAACCUACAUCACUGACCCUCCUGCCAGCCUGGCACCUUUCGGUGGUGGGCCUUCUGCACCUGCGAAGGGUCGUCCUGAGGAGGAACUGGACCGUCUGACUAAGAAGAUGUUGUAUGACAUGGAGAACCCUCCAUCCCAGGAAUAUUUUGGUCGGUGUGCAAGCUGUGGCGAGAAUGUUGUGGGUGAAGGGACGGGUUGUACCGCCAUGGACCAGGUGUUCCACGUGAACUGCUUUGCGUGCAUGACCUGUGGCUCUAAGCUCAGAGGGAAGCCUUUCUAUGCUGUGGAGAAGAAGGCUUAUUGCGAACCCUGCUACAUUAACACUCUGGAGACCUGCAACAUAUGUAGUAAGCCCAUAAUGGAGCGUAUCCUACGGGCGACUGGGAAGGCCUACCAUCCUCAGUGUUUUACCUGUGUGGUGUGCCAUCGAAGUCUGGACGGCAUUCCUUUUACUGUGGACGCAUCCAACCAUAUCCACUGCAUCGAAGACUUCCACAAGAAAUUUGCUCCACGUUGCUCUGUGUGUCAAGAGCCCAUAAUGCCGGCUCCUGGCCAGGAGGAGACCGUGCGUAUUGUUGCCUUGGACCGUGACUUUCAUGUGCAGUGUUAUCGGUGUGAGGACUGUGGCGGUCUUCUCUCUGAGGGGGAUAAUCAGGGUUGCUACCCUCUGGAUGGACACGUUCUCUGCAAAAACUGCAACACCAGUCGCAUCCAGGCCCUUACUGCCAAGGCCACGACCGACCUCUGAGUCACACACAUACAGGAUAUGCAUGCAGAUUUUUAAUAUCCCUGCAGAUGCUGAGAAUCACCAUAUCCUGUCACGUCAAUGCACACAUAUUUAUGCCACGAAAUACCAAAUACACAUGCACGCAAAAAUCUAUCAUUCCACUUAAAAGGCCGACAUCUCGUAUUGAAAUUGCACUCAUUUAUUCGGAGUAAAAGUAUCCCUUUGUAUAAGCAGAUGUGUAUUCAUCAAGGCUGCUUUCGAGCAUGUUACAUAUAUAGAGCUAGGCAGUGUUUAAAAUGCUUACUUAUGCAAGAUUCUUUAACUUUAAGAUGUUCCCAGAGCUGUGGCUUGUUGAGAAAUCUUUCACAGAAAAUCAUUGAGUCUACCUCUGAAAAGGGACCAUUCUGUCCAUUCUCUAUGCAUUCCAUACAGUAUGUAUCCGACAUGUGAUAAACAGCAGAUUUUAUUACUGAUCUCUGCCACGUUUUAAAAUCGUAUUGUCACCAACAGUCACAAAGGUGAGAUUUAUUGAAAUGUACGUCCACACUGAGCUACUAAUUAAAACUUAAUGUUACACGCCAUUAACACACAUACAUUCAUUCAAAUGGCUUUUCAGAGCUUUUUCAAAUAUCAGCGAAAGUAUCAGGAAGUUAUCAUUAUAAUUCACAUAUGUUAUGAUGGUUAUAAACUUUCAAGUUUUUUGCAAGGUACACAACUUUAAUUCUCAGCACAGGUAGAGUACAUGGUGUAAAUACCAAAUUUGUAAAUACAAUCGGCCCUAUUUUAAUGAUUUAAGUGCAUGGUCUGAAGCGCAUGGCACAGGUGCACUUAGGGCAUGUCCGAAUUAACUUUUGCUAAUUCAAACGCAGAAAAAAUGGUUGACGCAUCAGGCACGUGGUCCAAAAGGGUUCAUAAAUCAAGUGAAUAAGAAAUAUAUAGGGCGUAAAGCUUUUUAUGUAGUUUGGUGUUGUUGUUUUAAUUGUGCUCAGUUAUUGCAUUUAUUUGUAUAUCAUAAGUAACAUUUGGUGGUCUGGAGAUUAAAUGUUUGUAUUGUCAUAAAUGCACAGUGAAUUGUGAAAUGCCAGAGAAUAAUUUGAUAUUAUAUUGAAAUUCCCAGAGGAAAAUUAUCUUAAAUUAUGUUUACAGUAUGACAAUCAGGGCUUGAAUGGCACUAAAAGAAUUGAUCGGAGACUUUAAGGGCUGAACGAGAUACAGCACAAUGAGCAAUAUUUUAAAUUGUGAAUUUUUUGUACACUAAAAAAAUGCUGGGUUGUUUCAGCCCACGCUUGGAUUAAAUAUGGGGAAAGCCAACACAAUCUCAUGGCGAUUCGUACGCAUUUUACCAGGUGGCUAAUUUGUACAAUAUUUGCUUUCACCACUGUGACAUUGGGGUAGGGUGGGGUUUCAUUUUUGUUUGUUUUUCCUAAUAAUUGUAUGUUUUUGUACGAUUCACUUCAUACGAAGCCAACUUGUAAAAUACGUAAGGAUUUCCAUGAGAUCAUGCUGUCAAAUCCAACUUUAACCAACGGUUGAGUUUGUCCAUAUUUGACCCAAACAUGGAUUGAUACAACCCAAUAUUAUGUAGUAUAUUAGUUACAAAAGAUAGAGGCGAGAUAGACGAGAAAGUAUUAUUAAAAAAUAGGACAACCAUGUAAGGAUUGAUAAGAAUUUUGCUUUCGUAAUUUUGUAAAUGGAUGAAAUCGAUAUGCAAGUUCCUUCUUUGUUGCAUUGACACUUUACUCAAAUGAUAUGCAUCUUUUCUAUUUAAUAAGAAAGUGUUGAAGCACAGUUUCGGAAAUAAAUAUCUACAAAGUACCAUCAUAAAUUUCGAGGUUUAGAGAGUUAACCCCUCAGGAAAAUUUCAAUCAUAUCGGUGUGCUGCAGUAAUGCCCCAGGGAACUUUCCCCUCUGGUUGCAAUAAUACAUUUUUAUGCGAAAAUCAUGAUAUAUGCAUAUACUGAAUAUAAUUCGAUUUAUUAUGGUAUGGUGUGUUAAAUCAAAUGCAUCGUUGCUUUAAGUCAGAGUUUCAAAAGUGCAUCAGUAUAUGCUAUAUACUGCAUACUGUACAAUACUUGUACAGUAUAUACUUCCUUUUCUAAGUACCUUUUCUAUAUUUGCUGUGCCUUUCUCAGCCUGUGUGAAACUGAGGUGUUUUUGUGUGAAUGCAUACGCAGAUGUUUGCAACUGAUGCUUUGUGUUUGUUGCUCCAACAUAAAGUUAUAAUGAUCUAGACUUCACACUACCUAGAGGCUAUGCAUUUAUGCUACUUGAACUGAUCUUUUUUUUCCAAUUCUUGAGAAAGACCAAAUUAAGACUUAAAUAGAUAUUUUAAUGUACAAUGUCUUAAGAAAACAGCAAGAGUGUUAUGGUGAGAGGAUCAUUGCUGUUUUACUGUAUUACAGGCUGUCCUGUAUUUGUUUUGCUUUAUUACAUAUUCUAAAUGCCCAACUCAAGUUUUUUUUACAUAUUGCUGAUAGAUAAGUUUCAGUUUUAUUUGAAGUAAGGCUUUUAUCUGCCAAACAUCCUUUGGCCAUUUGUAUGUUGUUUUAAGUGUUUAAUCAGGAUGCAAUUUAAAAUGUAAAACACAGUGGGCACACAUUGUUUCACAUAUUUGUGAGCAUUACAAUAGCAGUAAAUUGAUAUAAGGCUAUUGUUGAGAACUAUGCCGAAUACUAACAUAAAGGUGCCACGUGAAUUUAAAUAUCUGAUUUAAAUGUAUAGGAGUACUGAUGAUAAGAACUAUUGAUCUGUCAUUUGACUUCUUCUUGUGAAAGAAAUCAGUCUGUGCCCGUACUUGCUUGUUCCUGUGCCCUGAUGUUUUACAGACUCCUCUAUUAUUAAUAAACCUUUUAAAAACUC